AUGAGUCUGAAGCCAUCCAGCUUUGGAGAUGAAAGCGCGUCCGGGUUCCGUCAUGAGGAUCAGUUUGACGGGCCAGUCCGCGAAGACGGAGGAGAAAAUGUCGAUAGUGGGUUUGUUGUACUCGACGAACGAGGGGGAAGUCCUGGUAGAGAUACCAGCCCAUCCUCCACCGAUGUUGGCCAGAGUCAUGGUGAUGCCGAGUUCGGUCUUGACACGGUCGAAGACACCACGGAAGAGCUGCCCAAACUGGACAAAAGCGUCGAUAGCGACGUUUUGAGUCCCAGGGUGACCCGAGAGACCAAUGAAAGUGAGACCAUGCGCCUGAGCUUCCUCGAUGAUAGUGAAGGCCAUUUCGGGAUCGACCCCAAACUUGGCAGAGAAGGGCUUGUCGGAACCUUUUCCAGAACAGACAAGACGACAGAAAGGCUUGAUGCUAGCGAGAAUAGUGGCCACAUCACAACCCUUACGUUUCGCAACGCGACCAGCUGCCUCGAUCAUACGAUGGACCUGCGAAGUGCUAUCAACAGCAUAGUACUGAAUACCAACUUCAAUACCCCACUCAAGCUCGUUGGUUGGAAGAUUGCAGUUCCCAAGCGAAAUACGAGCGGGAUUGAUGCCUCUAUCGACAAGGGGUUUGGCUUCACCCUUAGAGGCACAGUCGAAACCACAUCGAAGCUGGUCGUACACGUCGGUGACGGGAUUACCGGAGCAGGCCUUGACGGCGGCAAAGUGGACGACGUCGAUGUUGGCGGUGGAUGGCAUGGAGGCUAUGAAGUCGCGGACGGUGUCUUCGACGGUUGCGACGUCGAUGACGAAGAGGGGCUUCUCGCGGUACUCGAGGGGGUGAGCGUUGUGGUGCUUGAAGGUGUCUUGGAUGCCGGGGGACAUCUUGGAUGGGUAGAUGAUGGGUGCGGAGGGAGCCAUGAUGGGCAGACAGUUGGGAUGAAAGGUUGA